AGUUGACGUUAAGUGAAUAAUUACAUAAAUAUCUUGUGUCGGCGUUGUCGCCCCAUUCUUUCUGAUCAUUUACAAACUCAAUUCAACUGUCGUUUGAUCAGUUAAUCAGUUAAUCGUUCACGCAUUUCUUAUUGCUUAUUGCUAGUAAAGCAAUCAAUUGAGCGGUCUCCCCGCUGUACGACUACUGAGCACAACACGACAUACACAGAUCCCACGAUUGAUUAAUACAAUUUAAUCUUUACCACCGACAAUAUGUCGACCUCGAGUAUGAAUUUCACGGACAGGGCAAGCAAGUCCCUGUCCGAUGCCAUGGCUGUGGCAGAACAAUAUGCUCAUCCGCAAUUGCUACCCCUCCAUCUGGCACUCUGCCUCCUCGACCCUCCUCCCGAUGAAUCAAAAGACCAACAAGCAACCGUCAAUGCAUCCCACGGUUCUGCAUCACAAUCAUUAUUCCGCCAGGUCGUUGAACGCGCCCAUGGCGACCCUCAAUCUUUCCAGAGAGCCCUUCAGAAGGGUGUCGUCCGAUUACCAAGUCAAAACCCUCCGCCCGAACAAAUUGCCAUGGCGCCCGCUUUCUUGAAGGUCUUGCGGGCCGCACAGGAGUUACAACGGACUCAGAAGGAUUCCUAUAUUGCUGUUGAUCAUCUGAUAAUGGCUCUGGCACAGGAUGCUUCGGUUCAAGCAGCUUUGAAGGAAGGGAACAUCCCUAACCCCAAGGUCUUACAAGAUGCAGUUCAGCAAAUUCGGGGCACUCGUAGAGUGGACUCGAAGACGGCAGAUGCGGAGGAGGAGCACGAGAACCUCAAGAAGUUUACAGUCGAUAUGACCGCGCUGGCCAGAGAGGGAAAGAUGGACCCUGUCAUUGGCAGAGAAGAGGAGAUUAGACGAGUUGUCCGAAUUCUGUCGAGACGGACGAAGAACAAUCCCGUUUUGAUCGGAGACCCUGGUGUAGGAAAGACCACUGUCGUCGAAGGUCUUGCCCAGCGAAUCGUCAAUUUGGAUGUACCGGACAAUCUGGCAGCCUGCAAGUUAUUGUCCUUGGAUGUCAGCUCGAUUGUUGCGGGCAGCAAAUACCGAGGAGAAUUCGAGGAGAGAAUGAAGGGAAUAUUGAAGGAGAUUGAGGAAACCAAGGAGAUGAUUGUCCUCUUCGUCGAUGAGAUGCACCUUCUUAUGGGAGCUGGCUCGAGUGGUGAAGGUGGUAUGGACGCGGCCAAUAUGCUGAAGCCCAUGUUGGCACGUGGUCAGCUUCAUUGCAUCGGCGCGACGACUCUUGCAGAGUACCGGAAGUACAUCGAAAAGGACGCGGCCUUUGAGCGUCGUUUCCAACAAGUCCUUGUCAAAGAGCCCACUGUCUCAGAGACGAUCUCAAUCCUGAGAGGCUUGAAGGAAAGAUUUGAAGUGCAUCACGGAGUCAACAUUUCGGACGGCGCCAUCGUAGCUGCGGCUGAAUUGGCGGCUCGAUAUCUUACUCAAAGACGGCUUCCAGAUUCGGCAGUUGAUCUCAUCGAUGAAGCCGCGGCGGCAGUCAGGGUUGCCCGAGAAUCACAACCUGAGAUUCUUGAUUCCUUGGAUCGAAAACUCCGACAGCUCAAGAUCGAAAUCCACGCAUUGUCAAGAGAGAAGGAUGAGGCCUCUCAAGCGCGCCUCGAACAAGCCAAGAAAGAUGCAAGUGAUGUCGAGGAAGAGCUUAGACCUUUACGCGAGAAGUACGAGAGCGAGCGAGCCAGAGGCAAGGCAAUUCAAGAGGCAAAAGUCAAGCUUGAUCAAUUGAGAGUCAAGAAGGAUGAAGCUACUCGAAUGGGCGAUGAUAGCCGUGCUGCAGAUUUGCAAUACUAUGCUAUCCCAGAGCAAGAGGCAUACAUCAAGAGCUUAGAGCAGGAAAAGAAGGCCGCUGAUGCUGCCCUGAGCGAACACCCGGAUUCAGGCGGAUCCCUAAUCACCGAUGUUGUUGGACCUGAUCAAAUCAACGAGAUCGUUGCUCGUGCAACUGGUAUUCCAGUCACGAGGCUCAAGACUUCCGAGAAGGACAAGCUCCUACAUAUGGAGAAGGUUCUUGGUAAGAUCGUUGUUGGCCAGAAGGAAGCUGUGCAAGCAGUCUCGAACGCUAUUCGACUUCAACGAUCUGGGCUCAGCAAUCCAAACCAACCCCCAAGCUUCUUAUUCUGUGGACCCUCUGGUACCGGAAAGACACUCCUUACCAAGGCUCUUGCGGAGUUCCUCUUCGAUGAUCCAAAAGCUAUGAUUCGACUUGAUAUGUCCGAGUAUCAAGAACGACAUUCCCUCAGUCGCAUGAUUGGUGCACCCCCAGGAUACGUCGGGCACGACGCAGGUGGACAGCUCACAGAGGCCCUUCGCCGGAGACCAUUCUCAAUCCUCCUUUUUGAUGAGGUGGAGAAGGCUGCCAAAGAAGUCCUCACCGUCCUCCUGCAGCUUAUGGAUGAUGGCCGGAUUACCGAUGGCCAAGGACGCGUUGUUGAUGCCCGCAACUGUAUCGUUGUUAUGACAUCCAAUCUAGGCGCCGAAUACCUACAACGCCCCAAUGCAGCAAAUGGCAAGAUCGAUGAGACUACUAAGAAGAUGGUGGAACAAGCCUUGCAAGACUAUUUCCUCCCUGAAUUCUUGAACCGUAUCAGCAAGACUGUCAUAUUCAACCGCCUUACAAAGGCCGAGAUCCGCAGGAUUGUCGAUGUACGCCUUACAGAGAUCCAAAAGCGUCUGAGCUCAAACGGCAAGAAUAUCACAAUCGAUUGCUCUCCUGCUGUCAAAGAUUAUCUCGGAGCUGCCGGUUACUCACCUGUCUACGGUGCGAGACCACUGGCAAGGCUGAUCGAGAAAGAGGUCUUGAACAGACUUGCGGUCUUGUUACUGAGAGGCAGUAUCAAAGAUGGCGAGGUUGCAAGAGUGGUAAUGGAGGAUAACAGAAUCGCUGUGCUUCCAAACCACCAAGGAGAAUCCGAGGAGGAAUCUAGUGAAGACGAAAUGGAGAUUGAUGAUGUAGCUGAGGAGUUGGGAGGAGAUGAUAUGGAACUUGCUCUUUACGAAUAA